AAUAUCUCACUAACCGAUUCUACUUACCCUGAUGCUAAUUUAGGCUGCCUUCGAAAGUAUUUUCCUACGCUGAUUUAAAACCAAGAAAUGUUAAAACUUCAUAUGAAAAAUUGUGCAGUUACGCCUUUCAUCCGCUGGCAAUCUUUAUCUCUGGCGACUGGCGGUGAAUUGCUUUCGCCUGCGGGCGUUUUAUUUUCACAAGCCCCCGCUAGUGAGCCACUUACAAACCGUCAAAAGCUUCCGUUCGAAAAAUCAAAACAACAAUUCUUCAUGUUACGCGCUCGAUUGAGACAUAUCUUGCCUUGUUGGGACAUCCAAUUUGGGACAAAAAUAGAGCAUUUGAAAAUGAUUUCUGUCAAAGCGGACAAUCUAAGGUUAAUCUUGUGACUGCAUUGGACAGCAACUUGAAUGACAAACUUCUUAAUGUAAUCAACACAAGAUCAGGAAUGUUCACCGGUUGCUAUGGUUUGACAAGUAUCUAAACUCUUAUGAUCAUUCAUCUUUCAGCGUCGCGACCCCAGGAACGGAGCGGUUGAUUAACCCAAAUUAAUAAUAUACCAUUAUCCAUAUCAUUCAUACUAAUUGCCAGCUUAUUUGAGCCAAUAAUUACAGGGCAAGCGAGCAUAAAAACUCGCCAACCACAACUGGUGUUGUCAUUUGAAGGACUUGUAGACGGUUGACGUUCCUAGCAGCAUACUGCGAAACAUUCCUCGAGGAGAAAAAACGGCCAUGCAUGCGAAUAACUCGACGCUGAGUGGAGAUUUAGGCGUUUGCGAGAAGUCGACACAACCUUUGUUCAUCCUUUACACUGUAUUUCUCGUGUUAAUAAUGUUGGCCACAAUAUUUGGGAACCUUCUCGUAAUAAGCGCGGUUUAUCUCUACCAUCGCUUGCGACGAAUGACUAAUUUCUUCAUCAUCUCGCUCGCAGUAUCUGACUUGUUCGUCGCUCUUGGUCAUCUUCCGCUUCGUAUCGACACCAGCGUGCACAACAACCAUUGGUGCUUCGAUAAGGGAGAGGGAGACUUUACGACUUGCGCAUAUUGGAUAGUUAUGGACACUGUUUUUAGUAGUGCCUCUAUGUGUAAUUUAGUCAUCAUCUCCAUCGAUCGCUUCCUAGCUAUCACCAAACCUUUCGAGUACCAGAGCCGUAUGACCAAGCGAGUGGGGUUCUCUUUAAUCGCCUUUGUAUGGGUUUACGCUAUGCUCUGGGGAGUUUUGAGCCUAGUCAAUUGGGAAGGAGGCUCCCAAAGUAACAUUAAAAUCAACACAAUGGAUGGACGAUCCUGUGCGAAAUCUGACAAGAUUUAUUACACCACAGCAAUGGCUGUUGCAUUUUUUUUGCCGCUGCUAAUAGUCAUCGUAACGUACUCGUGCGUGUUUCGGGUUGCGUUCACUCAGGCAAAAGCGGUCGCUUCUCUUGACCCAAACAAAGGGAAAAGGCGAAUUUUGCGUGAAUUGAAAGCAACAAAAACUAUUGCUAUCGUCAUUGGAGUGUUUAUUGUAUGUUGGUUGCCGCCUUUCAUACUCAUUGUCACGAGUUUGUGGUGUACAGCCUGCCUCGAACCCCUUAAGAAGAACCCAGCACUUGCCCAAGUAGUAAGUAUCCCAUUUAUCUCCGUUUUGCCGGUAAUGAACAGUUCGUUAAACCCGCUUAUAUAUACGGUUUUCAACAAGGAAUUUCGCGAAGCAUUCAGCCGAAUGCUUUGCAGACGUAGAGAAGUCUCUCGGAACAAUGCUCUGGAUGAAGUUUCCGUAACAGAAGCCACCAACUAUAGAACGAGCGCAGCAAGCCGAAGUAGUAGCGGCUGCAAAUCUUGGAUACGAAUGAACGGCAAGGCAAAGCAACAAAGUUAAGAGAUAUUUUUGGAGUGUGCAUGUAAGUAAAAUGGGAUGGACAUGUUGUAAUCGGCCGCAAUCUUGCCUAACAUGUCAUCGAGACAGAGGGAUUCCUCAUCGCACAAAGCAAAGUAAUCCCAAACAUUUUGACAGCAGGACAAAACAUUUCUGUCUUGCCGCUGCCGACAAUUUCGUUUUCCUGAGGAGUUUAAGAUGGAUUAAUGCAAAAACAAAAGUUUACAUAUCCUUGUGGUUUUAUUGAAAAGUAUGAAUUUUAAUCCGUGCUAAAUAAAAUCAUGUAAGCUCCGCGGUUUUCCUCUGUAAGUUAAUUUUUGUCGUAAAGUUUUCUUUCGGAGACUUCAAAGCUGUACUAAUUCAAAUAUACGACGACUCUAUCGAUGGAAACAAUAAAAGGACAAAAAUUCCCGAGGAAAAAAACAUAAAGUACAGUAAUUUCUUCGUUUAUUUCACCUUUUGUUUUUCGAGAACAUAUUGUCAGAAGACAGCGCGAACAAAAUUGCGGACUGAAUGCAUCUCUCAUCCGAAAUUUGAAUACAAAACAAGUUUUAUUGUUCCAUCGAACAAGUGUACACACAAAAACGCUGUAUAUGAUUGGAAAGACUUUAUUACAUUACUUCUUUUAGACCUGUAACAAAUGAUAGCAGUGUGUCACGAUCACACGAGAAUUCGAAUAGGGGUAGAACAGGCGUUUGAUUCACUAUGCAUGCAUAUGUGAACUAAAGUAAAAAAAACAAGUUGUAGCCGGCUGCGUUAAUUAUGAUUUUAGCUUGUACCUUUUUAGAUAAAAACAUAGCGAUCGAAAAUUGUGAUA